AUGAACUGGAACUGGUCCAACAACACAGAGUAUGUCUUCUACCGUGGCCCAUCCGGUUGGUCUUCUUCUCACUGCGACUGCUGCUGCAAGAGCCACAAGAGCGAGCGCGAGGGUGAGAGUGGCACUUCCUUCAACGAGCUCUCCACUUCCUGUUCCGAGACCCAAUCGGAAGCCAGCUCUCCGCAGGAAACGGUCAUCGUGCGUCCGGUCACCCGCCAGCCCAACAUCCAGACUCUGGACCGGCCGGUGAAAAAGGGUCCGACCCCAAUUCCCAGGAGGACCGAUCUGCUCCGAAUUCGAACCGCCGGGCCGCGUGACGCCAUGGCAGGGAAGAGGAAGCCGGCCAAGGAGAAGCUGACUCCGGAGCAGGAGCUGGAGAAAUGCAUCCAGGACUUCCGGCGGAUUAAAAUUCCAGAGCGCUUUCCGGAGAAGAAGUACAUGUGGCAGUCGGAGCUCUUGAAAAAAUAUCGGCUCUGAAAUGAUUUCCUGCAGGCUUGCCGAGCCUAUUAGUGCAACACAACAGAGCUCUCAGCGCAUAUUUCUUUUGCUUAGGCUUAAUUGGCUUGUCUGUGUAAUCAUGCGGGCAAGAUGCACAAUUAACAAUUCAGUGAACCUCAAGUGACUCCUAAAGGGACCGGUCCUGUUUGGCACAAUGACAUUAAAGUCUAAACCAAUUUCACGGCGUCUAGACAAACCUCUCAAAUGAAAAACAGAUUGUAUAUAUGCACAAUAAUCACAAGUGUGUAUUACCUGGUGAUGCUCAAAGUAGGUGCAUGGACAGCACAGCACUAUUGUAUGGCGUUCCACCUGUAGAUGCAAUGCACAUAUGAGAACUGCAGGAUUCGUAUGUGAAUGUGGUUUGCAUUAUUCGAUACUGUUGGAGAGUUUUAAAGAAUAGCUCAUUUAGAAAUGAAAAUUUGCUGAAAAUGUAUUC